CAAACAAUUCUACUAAAUGUACAAUUCUACAUUGUAUUCAAACAAGAUGGAGGACAACAAGAAGUUUCAACAAGACACAUAAAUAUUUACAUUUUUGUUUAUUGAAUGGCGAGACUCCACCCUCGUAGAGUAUUAAGAUAUGUGUUGUUGUUAAUCGCCAUUCUAUAUCUUUAUUUUUUAUUUACUUGGCGAGAAAAAGACACCAUAGACCCGAUAAAGUCUGGCUUAAAGAGGCGUUUGGACACUUCAUCGCUGCUUUUGCGCGUUGAUGAGUUUUGGGUUCCUGAAAAAGCUUUAGAUCGUGAAAACAAUGGCCCUGGUGAAAGGGGGAGGCCUGUUGUUACAAGUGAUGAAGAAAAAGAGCUUAGGAAUAAGGCGUAUGGUGAUUACGGAUUUAAUCAAUUUGUCAGUGACAAAAUUUCAUUAAAUCGUACAAUUCCUGACACAAGACCAUCACAAUGUAAAUCAAAUACAUAUCCAAGAAAUUUACUGAAAGCAUCAGUAGUUAUAAUAUUCCACAAUGAAGGAUGGUCAACAUUGAUGAGAACUGUUCACAGUGUUUUAAACAGAUCACCUCCCAGAAUGCUCAAAGAAAUUGUUCUUGUUGAUGAUGCCAGUAAAUUUGCCCAUUUGAAGAAGCGACUUGGGUUGUAUGUGGACAAUGUGAAUAAAGUGCGUCUGAUUAGAUCAAAAGAACGACUUGGCCUUAUUCGAGCUCGUAUGCUUGGCGCAUCUAACGCACUUGGUGAUGUCAUUAUCGUCCUUGACUCCCAUUGUGAGGUCAACCAAGGCUGGUUACAACCGCUCUUGACUCCAAUAACCAGAGAUGAAAAUAUCGUGACUUGUCCAAUUAUCGAUGCCAUCGAUCACGAUACAUUUGAAUAUAAACCAAUGGGGUCGUUUAGUCGGGGUACAUUCAACUGGCGUUUCGAUUAUAAAGAAAGAGAAAUUACUGCGGAACAGAAACGGCAACGAAAAGAUGUCACUCAAGAAGUAUGGUCUCCUGUUAUGGCUGGUGGACUGUUUGCUAUAAGUAAAAAAUUUUUCGACACACUAGGCCAGUAUGAUCCUGGGAUGGAAGUCUGGGGUGGCGAACAGUACGAAUUGUCAUUUAAGAUUUGGAUGUGUGGUGGAAAAAUGGCAAACAUGCCUUGCUCUCGGGUUGGACACGUCUACAGGCGAAAUGUCCCUUACACUUAUUAUAAAGCAAAUGCCGUCUUGGUAAACUUUCGCCGAGUAGCCGAAGUGUGGAUGGAUCAAUACAAGGAUUGGUUGUAUGAACGAAGACCCGAAAUUAAACGUGUAGUAGAUUAUGGAGACAUCUCUGAUCGAGUGGCAUUACGUCAUAAAUUGAAAUGUCGUAGUUUUGAAUGGUACAUGAAGAAUGUUUUAAACGAUACUGUACGUCAAAACUAUGAACCACUUCGAGGUUCUGGUUUGAUUCGCAAUCCAGGAACCAACAUGUGCAUUGAUACGAAAGGUGGAGCACCUGGUGAUUUAAUGUAUUUGUCACCAUGCGCUUCAUUUAGUUGGUCGCAGAAAUUUCAGUACAGCUAUAUCCAUGAAUUACGAAACGUGGAAGAUUGUCUUGAUGGUCCGUAUUACAAAGCUGGCUCCAGACUUUAUAUUUACAGAUGUCAUGAAAUGAUGGGAAAUCAAGAAUUUCACUAUAAAGAGGAUAAAACCAUCCAACACAGACAUUCGGGAUUGUGUGUCACUGUAGAAGGAACGACAAACAAUCUUAUUUUAGAUCAUUGCGAUGGGAAAGCUGAACAAAUUUGGAAUUUUCCUUUGAGAAAAAACAUCCAUUAAAGUUGAUAAUAUCUUGCAACAAUGUGCAUGUACGUAGUGUUUGAUUUCAAACUUUGCGUGGUCAUCCAUCUUUCAAAAUCUUUAGCUUGAAACCAACCCUCCCACCGUUCUCCUUCCCUCAAAUAGUAAUUUACCAUAUGUAUAUUGUAUUUAUAUUCUGAACUUUGUGAAUAGUUACUAAAAAUUAAGUUAGGAUAGCUAAAUUCCGUCAAUUUACAAAAUACUUGGGGAAACUGAUUAUGAAAGAGUAGCAACGGACGCGUUGGUGGUGAGCUGUGAGAAUUGAACAACCCCUUCGAUUUUAAUGAAAAGAUUUAUAUAAUCAUAAUUUAAAAUCAUAAUUUGUAAAAAACGAAAAACUGUAAGUUUUAAUGGCACAAAUAGUAUAUUUUUCUAUCACUUUCUUGUUUUUAA